AUGAAGAGGCUUGAGCAGCUGAAGGCUAGACGUGCUUAUCAUGAUAUAUCCGAGGAUGGAAGUGGUUGGGUUCCACUUUCAAAUAAUGAUACAUCUCCACCCCGUAAACAGAGGGUUCAAAAUGACACUCCUUCACCAGAACCUGAAGUGAAUCCAUCAACUUCUAAUAGAACGGGUGCUGAUUUAUCCCCUUCGUGUCAGCAGUUGAAACGCUAUGACACUUCAUCACCUGAACGGGACUCACAACAUUCUGGUGGAGGGAAUUCUGAUUUAUCUCCUCCUCGUAAACACAGAGAUCAGAGUGUUACAGCUGUAGCUUGUGAACCAAGGUCAUCUAGAUCAAAGUUUGAAGAUAGUGAUAUGUCACCUCCUCGACGGAAACAUGUUAGUAAUUCGAGUCCAGAUAUUUCCCCUCCUCGCCGUCGUAGUCAUCAAACAUCUGGAUCCAAUGGGAGAAAAAAAUAUGAAACUUCUGAUUUGGAAGAUCUUUCUCCACCUAGACGUGGUCGUCAUGAUUCCCCCUCUCAAGAUACUUUACAUGGACAAGUGUCAUCUGACCUUUCACCACCGAGGAGACGCCAGCAUAGUGUGGCAAGGUCGAGUUUAUCUGAUGUUUCUCAUCGUUCGGUGAAAGCUGUUUCGCAUCAAUCUUUGGACAGUGACCUCUCUCCACCAAGGAAGAAUCCAAAGGAGUUAUCCAUUCCUGCAUCUAUAAAUGAAAGGAAAAUAGGUUUAAUUUCUGGUAAGGAUAUGAGAGAAGAGAUCGACAGAAAAAGGAAGGAUGAUUUGUUGAGGUAA